AUGGGUGCCGUCGGUGAUCUAGCUCCUGCUGGUAAUAUUGAGAUUACCUAUGGAAAGCCUGGGUUCAAGGGGCUCUUUGAUGAGCCGUAUUUACUCUUCCUGGCAUGCUUUGCCAGUAUCGGAGGCGUCUUGUUCGGUUACGACCAAGGCGUCAUCAGCGGCGUUUUAGUGAUGAACAAUUUUGAAAAGCAAUUCCCCGAACUCGCCGGCGACGCAACACUCCAGGGCUGGAUGGUCUCUGUCCUCACGUUAGGAGCCAUGUUCGGCGCUUUGGUAAAUGGUCCCAUUGCCGACGCCCUAUCCAGACGGUGGUCAAUCCUCCUAGCGAACGGUAUCUUCCUAGUCGGCUCAAUCAUCCAGGCGGCCUCGGUCAACAUUCCCAUGAUCUUCGUCGGCCGCUUCAUUGCUGGACUUUCAAUUGGGCAGCUCUCAAUGGUGGUACCGCUGUAUAUUAGUGAAAUUGCGCCGCCAAAUCUACGUGGCGGACUUACUGCUCUCCAGCAGGGUGGGAUUACGUGUGGUAUUAUGAUCUCGUUCUGGCUGAAUUAUGGCACGCAGUAUAUUGGCGGGACAGGAGAUGGCCAGUCCCCUGUUGCAUGGCGUCUUCCUCUUGCCCUGCAGUGUCUGUUCUCACUGAUUCUUGGGGCUGGCACUUUUUUCCUGCCAUAUAGUCCCCGUUGGCUGAUGAUGAAGGACCGUGAAGACGAAGCUUUAUCCACUCUUUCCCGUAUCCGCCGCGUCCCCCAAGGCGACUCACGCGUUCAAAAUGAGAUCCUCGAGAUUAAAGCCACCGCCAUGUUCGACCGGGAAACCACUGCCGCCAUGUAUCCCGGCAUCACAUCCCCCGUCCGUCUCGGCUACGAGCGCUACAAAUCACUAUUCGUUCUACGCCACCUAAAUCACCGACUAUUAAUCGCAUGCCUGCUUCAGUUAAUACAGCAGUUCACCGGAAUCAACGCGAUAAUCUACUACGCGCCCCAGAUAUUCGAAAAUAUAGGCCUGGAGGGCAGCUCGGUGAAUCUGCUAGCUACCGGUGUGGUAGGGAUUAUAAACUUCGUUUGUACACUGCCUGCUAUCCUACUCCUUGACUACUACGGACGAAAGACGCUGCUGCUUAUUGGGGCUGUGGGGAUGGGGAUUGCCCAGCUUGUCGUGGCUACAAUCUACGCUGUAUACAAGGACUCGUGGGCCUCGCAUACGGAUGCAGGCUGGGCAGCUGCUGUGUUUAUUUGGCUGUAUAUUGCCUGCUUUGCGUUUAGUAUUGGGUGCAUUAACUGGAUUAUCCCGUCGGAGAUCUUUCCGCCGGGCGUUCGUGCUCAGGCUGUGGGUAUUGCGAUUGGCGUUAACUGGCUUAGCAACUUCGUCGUUGCCCUUAUUACUCCAAGAAUGCUCGGGACGAUUCGAUUCGGGACAUUUUACUUCUUCCUCGCAUUCUGCGUCUUCCUCUUCCUCUGGGUCCUCUUCUUCGUCCCAGAGACCAAAGGCGUCCGCAUGGAGCAAAUGGACAACAUAUUCGGCGGCAACCAGGGCGAACAGGAUCUGCUCCGGAUGCAAGCUAUUCGGCAGCAGUUGAGCCUUGCGAGUGGCGGGAAGGAUAUGGAGAAACCGGAUGAUCACAGUGCGCAUGUUGAAGAGGUUGAGGGGGUUAACUGA